GUCGUGUGACUGGGAGGCCGCCCCAUGCUGCGCAUGUGUGCUGGGCCUACCCCAGUGAUUCCUCAACGUCGCUGCCGGUUUAGCAUACGGCUCCUCCUCAUGCACCCGUCCUUGGAGCCAGCGUGUCAGCGAGGAGCCGCAGCGUGACAGAAGCGGGAAUUGGGGCAGAAGCACCCCCCCCAGGAGCUGUCGUGUUUGCAAGGGGCACUGGGCACUCAGGCAGGUGUGCAGGGCAUGCGCCGGUCCCUUGGAAACGGGUAAGGCACCACGAGCAACAGGUACGCUCAGCAGACAGAACGCAUCAGCAGUUGCCUAGGCUUCUGCCUGGACGCACAUCAUUCCCAUGCCCUGCUCCAACCGUAAUGCCUCCAGUGACUGCAGCUCUUCCUGUAACUCAGGGGUAGGCUGCGCUGCCCUGCUGUCUGCCCUGUGGUGCAUGCUCAGUCGCCGCCAGCAUGGAGCUGAUGCCAAAGCUGUGGAGCCCGGCACAGCUGUUUGCAGUCUGCCUGCUGCCUGCUGUAGCUGCCCAGAGCUCAGGCUGGCUACAACCAGCUGUGCUGAGCUCCGGAGCCUGGUCACCAGCUCUGUGCCGGGAGCGGGGGAAACAACGGGGUUGCGCUGCCUCAGGCCCCUCCUCCACCGCCCGUCCUGAUGCACGGGUGAAAGCACCGGUAUAGAGCUCAUGCCUGGCCUCCGGAGCCCGGCACAGCUGUUUGGAACCUUUCCGCUGCAGCUGGCCUUGACUCUGGGUAACUGCUGCCAGCCACAGAGCCCAGGCUGCUCCCAGUGGGCAGCUGGGAUGCUGCAAGCCCUGGUGGGAGCAGCCCAGGCUCCAGCAGCUACCCAGAGCCAGGGCUGGCUGUGGUGUGCCGAGCAAAAUGGCCUUGCAUGACGUGCUCAGCACAUGUGAUGGGGGUUUCCGUCCCCUGCUCUAACUGCUUGUAGCACCCUGUAAAAGCAACUACCUGCCCCAUGGCUUGCUGGAUACUGGGGGCCCAGACCCCACAGCCUUUGUAUUCUCUUUUCCUGCGCACGGGUGAGGUGUUGGAGCUCUUUGAUCUUUGCAAGCUUCAGGCCUUGUUAGCCACCCAUCCUUAUGCACUCAACAACCAGCCCCUAUGACUGUCCUACCUGACAGCCUCUGUCAGCCUCUCCUAGUUUCAUCCUUUCUGUGAAGGCUUCCCAUGAAAUUCCUUGUCACAUUCCAGACUGCAGCAGGGCUGCACCACUGUUUUCCAGCUUCCUUUAGUGAGUUAUAGGGGAGGGGGGAAGAAUGCUUCCUUGACCCCCUACUGUUUGCUUCUGUCAGCUUUAAGCUAUUUAUCUGUUUCAGUUCCCCUUUCCCUUCUCCGCUGCCUGUGCUGGCAUUGUCUCCUGUCUGCGCAGGGCUUUGGUUUAACUGAGGGCUGGACAGGUAUUUGGGCCUGCGGGACACAUAAGCAGUUCUGGGGAGCUGCAGCGGGCUGGUCAGCACCCCCACACUCUGAAUAGUUAGGAAUCCGUGCCCGCUAUUUAUUUUCCCUGCCACCACCAAUACUCCACAUUCCCAGCCCUGACCUGCCCCAUGCCCACUCCAGACUCACCCUGGCCAGGGUGGACCAGCCCGAACCUGCGUGUACACCCCUGACCAGAGCCCUCCUUGCACCUGCCCAUGCUGAGGAGUGGUAGCAGCAGGACGGAAGCUGCUGCUCCAACGUGGGAGAAACGUGGCCGCUCCUCACCCUGGCCAAGCCCUUGUUGCAACUGCCUAGAGUCCCCACCUGCCGCCUCUGGGCUGCCCAGUAGUGCAGCGGUGGUAGUGCAGUGGAACCACAGGGCAGUCUGGGCGUGGGCUUUGAGCAGUGGAGGCAAGAAGGAUCUGGCAGCUGAGAAGUUUGUGUGGCCACUGUCCCUCAUGCUGAGCAGCAGCUUGUGCUUUGCCGUCGCCACUAGUGCUGCUGCUCAGUGUGGGUGGACAAGUCUGGAGCAGGGGCAGGGCUGUAUGUGCUGUUUGUGGCGGGAUGCGCCAUGGGCUGGAUGGCAUCUGGCUUAGGUAGGGCCGAGGGACCCGCCACAGGCCAAACAGAAUCCCUCCAUGGGCCAGAUCUGGCCUCUGAGCUCUAUUUUGCCUACCUCUGGUAUAAUGGGAUGCAUGUGUUACACCCAAAAUGUCUCUGGAGAAGUACAAGAGAACCAAAGCAAGUACCUCCAUAAAAUGUACACCAGAUUAUUGGGACAUUACUAAUCAGGCACUUUUGCCAAGAGCAGCUACUUACAGCAGAGAAUACAGAGACGUACUCAGAACUGGGGCGGCCAGGUGCCAGGGCCUCUCGUAAUACAUCCUUCAGGUUUGAGGCCAGUUCCACAAUCCCACAUCUUUGCCUUUUUGUGGGGGUUUUAUAAAGUUCAGGUUGAAAUUCUGUAUUCCAGCCCAUUUCUCUGAGGUAGGGAUCUCUUGGCCCUUUGAGUAGAGAGCAGGGAAACUGAGUCAUGGCCUGGGACCAUUGUUCUUUCCUGAAGUUGCCUCAUGAGCAGUGGGUGUCAUUUUUGGACUAUACAUUCCUGCUCCCUUGAAACUUUUCUGCCAAGCUCUUCUUGGUGUUUUUAGACUGAACUGCUUCUGGGAUCAGAGUAUCUGGAGGGAGGAGUAACCUUGUGGAAUGUAGCCUAGCAAAAAAGAGGUCCUUGCCAUGGGCUACGACAGACCCUUGGCACUUUAGUAGUCACAGAAUAUGGUUCUGCAUUGAGGGGCCUUGUUUGACACCGAAGGAUGGAUAAUCAUUCUGUCACAACCCAAAGUUGCGGUUUUUGUUUGUGUGCGCUUCGGCACCGCUAAAUUAUUUUCCCGCCGACUGUAGCUUUCUUUGCAGGAUAGAGUUCUCUGCUGCGGGAGAGAACUCUGGUGCAACGGGGGAUUUCCCGCCAAAUUACAGCUUCUUUGCAGGGUGCAUUUCUUUUGCAUACUAGUGAUGCACGUUACAAAGGAGUUCCCGCCAUUUGUAUUUGAAUUCGCGCCACAUUAUUGGCCAGUUCCAAACGUAGGCACACGUGGCGGCUAGCUAUUGGCUUGCUAGCCGUACAAAAGGCUUGGGUAGCUUCCGCCCAAGUCGGAGGGAGGGAGGAAGAGAGAGAGACUCUGCGUGAAGAUCUCCAAGCGCUGCGGACCCUCGUGGACCCAACGCGCCUCCCCUAAGCAGGCAAUAGAGGCUUAAUAACCGAACAUACGGAGCUUUCGCUUCUGGCCUCUCCCCGUCGCCGAUCGCAAUCCCAGACGUAUCCCUUUCCUGUAAACUUUGAACCCACGGAGCCUUAACAACUCCGAUGAACCAAGAAACCGAACCGGACCCACGGAGCCUAAACAACUCUGUGGGAGCAAUCGAAUUUGUCGUGGUCCUCUAGUGAGGAUCUAAGCGGGAGCUGUGCCUGGAAACCUGUCCAGCCUAUACCACUACCAUCUUUGGGUGUAAGUAAACAAUCUUUUCAAUCAACCACUACAUGUUUGUGUCUAAUUCUAGCUCGCCGCCGGUUCUCUCAGACCCCGCGUGCCCGGGCUGCUGGCCACAGCCUGCGUGCGCAAAAGACGGGCCGCGGAUCGCUCCUCCCGACUCGCGCGUGGUGGCGGGAUCGGGGCCCGGCCCGCACACGUUCAAGAUGAUAAUUCCCAGAUAUUGCUUCUGAGAGUAUGAAUGGGGGAGGAAUGUAUUCCUUUUUUCUGCUUUUAGCUAUUAGCAGUACAUUUUUAACUGAGCAUGUCCUUAGCUGAUCUGAGCAUAUUCAGUGCCACAUUUGUGCACAUUGCUGCUCAGCACUGGCAUCACUUGGAGUUUAGAAGAUAACCCUCCUUUAUACAGUUUCAGCUGUGUGUGAUGGGACUCCUUAAAUAGAGGGGUUUUUAAUCAGUGAGGCACGUUAGAAAGAACCUGGUAAUGUUCACUCUUUUCAGAGACAAGACUAUGACUCCUUUAUGGUCGGGACAGUUUUGCAAGCUUGGAGCCAGAAUUCUUGGAAAGUAGCAAUUAUUUUACCUAUUACUGGGGUUCUUGGUUUUCUCUGUUAAAAACAUUGCAAAUUCUCUGAUUAAAACUCACAAAUUAUAACCUGCCUUUUCCUGUUAUUACAAUGAAACGCUUGCUUGUGCCCCUCAGUCCCCCCCACCCCCAUGCUUGCCAGCCCUGCUGGUGCCCUUAGUCCUGCCAGCCAUGCCAGAGGGAGGCCCCAGCUGCCAGGACUAUGCCUCUUGUCCCUAGGAGGAGGCUGCGGCUGCUGCAGUGGAGCAGAGCAUGGAGCCUGGUUCCCGCCUGCUCCCUGUCUGCUGUGGGACUGGGCAGGUGGUGAGGCCAGCUCCCCGCUCCUGUGUGCACUCCUGGGGUGCAGCGGGGACUCCUGCCCAUUAGAUCUGUGCUCAGGGUGGGCGUGUGCUCCCGCCCUGGUAUCCUCCCCCCGGGGCCUCUGCAGCCUGGUGGGUGCAACCUGGCAUGGCAGGGCACAGCAGAGCCACACAGGGAAGCUGCUUGUCACUAUGACCUCCGCCCUGUUCUGGCAACAUGUCCAGUGCAUGCGUGGGGGUAGCGGUGCAGGGUUGCGCUCCUCACUGGUGCCACUCCUGCCCCACAGACAGGUCUGGGGGCACGGGUCCCCACUGCCCUCCAGGAAUGUGCGCAGCCGUGGGGAGCCAGCCGGCCCCACCCAUCCUUCCUGCUCCCCACCAGGGCCUUGCAGCCACAGACUGCAGCCCCCAGCCCCAUGCACUGCCAAGCUGGGCUGCAGCCCCAGCCCUGCCCAACUCCCUGCCUCCUGAUGGGGGCCUCACUUCCUCCCCAGCUCCCCACCACUUACCUCAGCGGCCGAGGGCAAUCGUGGACCCCUUUUUGCAGGGGGUGUGCCGCCACACUCGAGGGAUGCACGAGGACCUGCAUGCACCCCGCGCACGUCGCUUCUGCGCUGCGUUUGGCUCCUGCCUCGCAAUCGGUGUCAAGGAGGGGAGACCAACCCGCUGCUCGGUGCUGCCCUCCGGUGGUCCCGGCGGGGCCUUGACCCAGCGCGUGAAGGCGCAGAAAAAGCCCUGCUCAGAGCCGCCCUCCUGUGGCCGCGCCAGGCAUUGCGGCGGGGAGACCCGGGCAGGCACCCAAGCCGGCUCCGCGCUGCCCGCCUGGGGCUGGCGUGGGGCUUGGAGCCCGAAGACAAGGGCCAGGAACAAAGCCGGCUCCGUCCCACCCUCCCUGCCCUUCAACUUGCGCUGAGCAGCCAGGCUUUAAAGCCAGAGAAAAGAAAAACCUGCCGUGUGCUGCUUUGAAGCCAGAGAAGAGAAAAACCUGCAGCAUACUGAAGGCACUGGCUGACAUCGUUGCACAGCCACUGGCAGGAAUAGUUGAACGCUCGUGGUGCACGGUCCAAGUCCCGGAGGACUGGAAAAGGGCCAAUGUGGUCCCCAUUUUGAAGAAGGGGAGGAAGGAGGACCCGGGCAACUAUAGGCCAGUCAGUCUCACCUCCAUCCUGGGCAAAGUCUUUGAAAAAAUUAUCAAGGCUCACAUUUGCGAGAGCCCGGCAGGACAAGUUAUGCUGAGGGGAAACCAGCAUGGGUUUGUAGCAGGCAGAUCGUGCCUGACUAAUCUAGUCUCUUUUUAUGAGCAGGUUACGAAACGCCUGGACACAGGAGGAGGGGUGGAUGUCGUAUACUUAGACUUCAGGAAGGCCUUCGAUACGGUAUCCCACCCCAUACUGGUGAACGAGUUAAGAGGCUGUGACUUGGAUGACUGCACAGUCCGGUGGGUGGCGAAUUGGCUAGAGGGUCGCACCCAGAGAGUCGUGGUGGAUGGGUCGGUUUCGACCUGGAAGGGUGCGGGCAGUGGGGUCCCACAGGGCUCGGUCCUGGGACCGAUACUCUUCAAUGUCUUCAUCGGCGACUUGGACGAGGGAGUGAAGUGUACUCUGUCCAAGCUUGCAGAUGACACAAAGCUAUGGAGAGAAGUGGACACUCCGGAGGGCAGGGAACAGCUGCAAGCAGACCUGGACAGGUUGGACAAGUGGGCAGAAAACAACAAGGAGAAAUGCAAAGUGCUGCACCUAGGGAGGAAAAAUGUCCAGCACACCUACAGCCUAGGGAAUGACCUGCUGGGUGGCACGGAAGUGGAAAGGGAUCUUGGAGUCCUAGCGGACUCCAAGAUGAACGUGAGCCGGCAGUGUGACGAAGCCAUCAGAAAAGCUAAUGGCACUUUAUCGUGCAUCAGCAGAUGCAUGACGAAUAGGUCCAAAGAGGUAUCAGAAAGUUCCAGUUGGAAUGAAUGACCUUCCUCAGGGACAAGAGGUUAUCAAUUUCUAUGAAGUUUGGAACGUAUCUAGAAACUGAUUAACCACCAGGAAAAACGCAAGUGUCGUCGGAAAACAAGGUAAAUCACGGAAAAACAGCAGAGACAAAACUAAAUUGGGAGGAGACACGUGUCCCAAACGGAGAACGUCUCUUCUUGCACAGAAACAGAAGUUAAUUGUAGAAGAAAUAUUUGCCAUACUAAGUAAUCAAAAAUAGACAUUUCACAGGGUUACAUACCAGACAGCUAGGAGCCUGCUUGAAAUGGUCAUGAAUCUCGUAAGAUAAGCUGGAAGGGAGACCUUGUUAUUUCUCCCCAGAUGGCCUAGCCAUGGACUCGCAGCCUUUUGCACUGCGCAGUCGGCAUCAGUAUUUUGCUUUCCAGGUUUUGUGAGGAGGCCCCAGCUUGGCGUGAGUUUCAGAGUCAUGGGGGGCCGUGUGGAAAGGUGCCUGCGUGCGGUGACGUGGAGCCGCGUGGGCUCGGAGGUUUGUGUGUGGAAAACCGGCCAUUUUGUGUGGUGAGCUGGGACCCUUUUUCUCUGUUGUGUGGUGAUCUUGUUGGUAGGCUUUUGUUCAUUUUGUGUGGUGAUUUGGAGGUGUUUAUGUGGAAAUGAUUGGGGAAAUAUGGUGGUAGUGGGAGAAUUCUGUGGGGAUUUGGGACCUUUAGUUGGAAAUGUGUGGAAACUUGAUUUUUGGGGGGCAGAAAACUGUUAAUUGCAUGUGGUGGUACAGGACCUUUACUUGAAAAUACAGGGUUUUCUGUGCAAAGCUGGUUACUUAGGAACCAUUUGUGGAAAUAUGGUGGUUUUGUGUAUGGAAAAUGGGGUAGUAAUUUUUGGCUGAUUUAGGAACUUCUUUGUGUGACUGGUGUGUUGUGGGACCUGUGGAAAACUGUGUGGGGAUUGGUUAAGUGUAUGGAAAGAUGGUUAUGUUGCGUGAAGGGAAUUGUCUGGGGAUUUGGAAACCCUUUUUGUGGGCACGUGUGUGGGCUCGUGGCGGUUUGUGUGUGGAAAACCGGCCGCUUUGUGUGGUGAGUUUGGAACAUGUUUCUGGUAGUGCCGUGAUGUUUUUGGUGGGAAGUCGGUCAUUUUGUGUGGUGAUUUGGAGGUGUUUUUGUGGAAAUGUUUGGGGACGUGUUGGGACGUUGGGAGAGUCCUGUGGGGAUUUGGGACCUUUAUCUGGAAAUGUGAUUAUUUUUUGUGGAGCGUGUGUGGACCAUUUUUCUUGGAAAUACUGUGAUUUUGGUGGGGGAAAAAACUGAGGAUUUGGGAACUGUUUGUGGAAAAAUGGUGAUUUUGUGUGUAGAAAAUGGUGUAGUAUUAGGAUGAUUAAUGAACUUUUUUGUGCAACUGGUGUGGUCUGGAACGUGUGCAAUAUUUUGAGGUGAUUGGGUAAGUGUGUGGAAAUACGGCUCUGUUGCGUAACAGAAAUUGCGUGGGGAUCUGGAACUCUUUUUGGAGGGCGUGUGGCAGUUUUUCUGUAGAAAACAGGCCAUUUUGUGUGGUGAUUUCAGAAGCUUUUUUUUUUUUUGGCAAAUGUGACUAUUUGGGUGGGAAGUUGGUUUUGUAGUAAUUUGGAGAUGUGUUUGUGGCAAGGUUUGGGCUAAUAUGGUACUGGGAGAACUUUGUGGGGCUUUGGGAGCUUGUUUGUGGAAAUGUUUGGGUGGGUUUUUUGGGGUUUUUUUUUUUUUGUGAAAGACCUGAUUGUGUGUGGUGUUGAAGGGAUUUUUGCGGAAGUAUGGUGAUUUUGUGUGGAAAACUGAUGAUUUGGGAGCUGUUUGUGGAAAUGUGAGUUAGUAGAAAAUGGUGUGGUGAUUUUAGGCUGAUUUAAAAACUUAUUUGUGCAAAAUGUGUAGAAAUGUGAUUUUUGUUGUGGAAUUUAGGACCUUUCUUUGGAAACAUAGGGGUUUUGACUGGAAAACUGGUGAUUUAGGAAAUGCUUGUGGAAAUGUCUCUGCAAAUAUGGUGAAUUUGUUCAUAGAAAAAUGGCUUGGUAAUUUUAGGGUGAUUUGGGAACUGUUCUGUGCGAUUGCUGUUUUGUGGGACCUGUGCAAAAAUCUGUGGCGAAUGGGUAAGCAUAUGGAAAUAUGCUUGUGUCACGAGGGAAAGUGCAUGGUGAUUUAGAGGGGUGUAGGUUGUAGCCAUGUUGGUCUAAGGACAUAGGCAGACAAGGUUCCUUGGAUGAAGUUGAUAACUUUUAUUAGACCAACCCAAAUGGUGAUUUGGAAACUGUUUUUUUGUAGGAAUAGGUGUAAAAAAGAAAAAAAGAAAUUAUGUGAUUUGUGUGGUGAAUUGGGAACCCUUAGUGGAAAUGGGCUAGGUUGGCCCAUGGUGGUCAUGUGAUCCACUAUGGUGCGGUGAACGGUGUGUGUGAUUGCACCCAUGUGAAACUGUCUAACGUGGGUCUGCCCUUGCUCGCAGGCUACUUCUCGUGCACCUGUCCUUGGAGCCAGGAACUUCCAACAGCCAGCGAGGAGCUGCAGCGUGACAGAAGCGGGACUUGGGGCAGAAGGGCCCCCAGCAGCUGUCAUGUUUGCAAGGGUCGGUCCGGGCACUCAAACAAGUGUGCGGUCCUGCGGGGGUGCCUUGGAAACAGGCAAGGCACCACGGGCAACAGGUCACAAAAUGCUUAGACACAGGAAUUGAGGUAGAUGUCAUCUACUUGCAUUUUAAGAAGGACUUCAACAUGGUAUCUCAUUCUAAUGUCAUUAAUAAACUGAGCCGCUGUCACGUAGAUGAUUACACGAUCAGGUGCAGGACAAACAGGUCCAGGGAGGUGAUACUUACCCUCUAUGCCACAUUGGACGAGCUGCAGUUGGAGUACUCUGUCCGGUUUUGGACGCCACACUUCAAGAGGGAUGUGGACACCCUUGUGAGGGUUCAGAGGAGGGCAAAAGCUAGUCCUUGCGCUCCUGUCUUUGGAACCAGCUUAUCGGUGAGGAGGCGCAACGUGACAUUUGGCACCAAAAGGCCUGGAGUAGAAAGAAGGGUCCCCGACAUCCGUCGCAUCUGCAACGGGUCCCUGCGUGAGCUACUGAGAAACAAGCGUUUGGGGCCCGCACCGGUCUCCCGGAAACAUCCAAGCCAGCCCUGGCAGCAGGUGCCUGCGCAUUCCUGCCUUGGACACGGUCAGGGAACGCAGCACGCCAGCAGUUGCCUCAGCUUCUGACCGGAUGCACGUUGUUUGCUUGCAAGCAUCCAAAGCUAGCACCUCCAGCGGCUGCAGCUGUUGCUUCCCAACUACUAGGAGAGCCUUGCAAAAGCAAUGGCCUGCCCCUGGGCCAGGCUGAUACCAGUGGCUCAGACCCAGAGAUUUGCUGUUGUACCUCCUGGUGUCUGGAUUAGGUGUCGAGCACUUGGAACAGUGGCAGCUUCAGCACAUAUUAACCUCUCGUCCUCCUGUGGCCAACACCACAGAGCCCAUUACCCUAAUGUUUCUGUCAGCCUCUGUCUCACCCUUCCCCUGAAGGCCUCCCAUGAAAUCCCUUGUCCCAUCCCAGUCUGCAGGUUGGCUCCACCAGUAUUUCCCAGCUGCACGUGGAGAGUUGCAAGGGAGGUGGGGAAGAGAGUUUUAUGCCUGCAUACUCUUUACUUGUUUCAGCCUGAAGCUGUUUGUCUCAGGGCCCUUUUUUCCCCUCUCUCCUCCUCUGUCUGUGCUUCUGCUGUGUAGCCACUGCCUCCUGUGUAUGUGGGAAGGUGAUGUAAGGGGGUGCACAGUUGCCCUUAAGAGGGAGCAAUUUUUCUAUGGAGUUAAGAUGAAACUGCUGUACGGAGCACCUUGCAAAAUGCUUCCAGGUCUGCAGCAGUAGAAGGUGUAUGGGGUAAGGCACAGAGAUGAGGGAAUCGCACUGUGUUGCCCUCUGUGAGCUUCCCGGGAAACACUUGGUGGGGGGGUGCAGUUCAUGUAGGUGCCUGGGCAGUGCAACCAUUUUUCUUCCAUGCCCAUGGGGUGUGGGUGCAGGUUUCCCCCUGGGUGACAUGACACUGCCUGUGCAGACCCAGUCACCUGAGCGUAGAGCCAGGGGGGACUUUAUGGUAUUGUUGGGUUUGAACUACAAAGGAGCAGGGACCAGGAUGCACGGGUGUCAGAGAUGUGUUCCAGACCAGGUGAGGGGUGCAUGCAGGUCUGUGGCAGCGUCCUAGUGCAGGGCAGGGCACUGGGGGGGGGUCCCUGUGCUUCUGGCUAGUGGGGGAGGAGCCUGGUGCUGGGGGUGCUCUGUGCUGCUGCCCACCAGCCCAUGCUUGUGGGAUGCUUUGGUGCCCCUGACUCCCAGCCCGCAGCUUCUGCUUGUCUUGUGUUGCCCUCACUCCUGACCCGCAGCCUUGUCCCCACGGAAGAGAUCAGUCCCAAAUGCGACUCAGGUGGGUGAACAGGUGAUCCAUGGCUGGGUUUGGUGGGGGAGCGGGGGCAAUGCGUCCCCUAAGUGCAUGGUGGCAUGGGGUUGUGUCCCUCACUGGUGCUGUGUGGGCUGGGGAUGUGGUCCCACUGUUCCUGAAAGCAAUGGGUUGCCCCUGCUGGGCUGCAGAGGCCCUGGGGCGAGGGCAGCAGGGAGGGAGCCCGAGUCUGCAGUGGGCAGCCUGCCCCUGCCCUGCACACAGGAUUGUGGGCACGGGUUCCCGCUGCUCCUCGGGAAUGCGCACAGCUGUGAGGAACCCCCCACCCAGCCUGAGCCCGCAGCAGGCAGGCAGUGGGUGGGGGGAGCUGGGCUUUGGUCUGCUGCAGCAGCCGCUGUCUCCUGCCGGGCAGGAUGCCGUGGACACGGGUCCCUGGCCCCAUAGUGCUGGCAGCUGGGGGCCCUCUCUGGUAGAGCUGGGGGCCAGGAGGUUGGGCGGAGUGGGGAGUUGAGGGGCUUUUCAUUUUAAUCAGGCAUUUUGGUGUUUUUAUUUGAGAAUUAUUGGGGUUAUCUAUCAGAGAUUUUGCUUUUUUUUUUUUUUUUUAAUCUGGGAAAAGCAGGAUGCUUCCUCAUUAGAGCAGCACGUGGGAGCCAGGGCCUGCAGCGUUAUCAGGCGUGGGGUGGACACGCGGUUCCCGGUGUCAGUCAGAGCCCGGUGGGUGGCGGGCACGCUCCGCAGCAGCACCCGGGCUCCGGCGCUGCCGUGCGCUCUGGACACGAGGGGCAGCUCUGAGCCGGCACGUGUGGGGCCGUCUGCAAGGCUGGCUCGGGGCAGAGCAGACCGGGGUGCUGUGCGCGGCCCUCGGGGCUGUCAGGCAGCCGCUUGCCCAGCGGAGGCAUCGGCGUUGCAGGCGGGAUCCCCCAUGGCCACGGGCGGGGCGGGCGGGUGUUUUGUGCGCGGUGCCGCAGCUCGGCCCCUUCCUCCUCGAGCCGGGGAGCUGGUGCUGGCGGGACGCUGGUCCUGCCCGCCUGGCCCUGGGCGCGCUGCUCGCCCCCCGCACGGGGUCGGAGCCGCCGCUCUCCUGGGGCGCCUGGUGCGGCCUCGUUGCGCGGCGGGGCAGCGCGGUGCGGGCGGGCAGGCCCCGGCGCCGGACGGACCCGGGGGAGGGGGUGGAAAUGUGCCUGUGAGCAGGGGCGUGGAGCUGUGAGAGCACCGGGGGGUUUUCAUGCUGCCUGUUUUGUGUGGGAACUUGGGAGACAUUUUUUGUGGCAGUGUGAUCUUUUUGGUGGGAAGUUGGUCCUUUAGUGUGGCGAUUUGGAGAUGUUUUGUGGAAAUGUGUGAAAUAUGGUGGUAUUGGGAGAAUUGUGUGAGGAGUUGGGACCUGUAUUUGGAAAUUGUGGAAAUGUGAUUGUUUGGGGGGAAUUUGGUCAUUGUGUGUGGUGAUAUAGUGCCUUUUUUGGAAAUACUGCUAUUUUGUGUGGAAACGUGAUGGUUUGGUAACUUUGUGGAAAUGUGUGUGGAAAUCUGUUGAUUUUGUGUGUGGAAGUGGUGUGGUAAUUUUAGGGUGAUUUGGGAACUGUUUGUGUGACUGGUGUGUCGUGGGACCUGUGGAAAAUUGUACGGGGGUUGGUUCACUGUAUGGAAAUACGGCUGUGUUGUGUGAGGGAAAUGGUCUGGGGAUUUGGAAAUUUUUUUUGUUGGCUCGUGUGUGGGCUUGUGGUGACUUGCGUGUGGAAAACCAGACAUCUUUUGUGGUGAGUUGGAGGCGUUUUUGUGGAAAUGUUUGGAGAUAUUUUGUGACGUUGGGAGAGGUCUGUGGGGAUUUGGGACGUUUAUUUGGGAGUGUGUGGAAAUUUAAAAUUUUGUGAAAAACUGGUGAUGUGUGGUACGAAAGGACCUUGUUUGUUAGAAAACGUGAUUUUUUGUGUGGAAAACUGGUGAUUUAGGAACUCUGUGGAAAUGUGGUGAUUAUGCCAGUGGAAAAUGGUGUGGUAGUUUUAGGGUAAUUUGGGAGCUGUUUGUGCAACUGGUGUUUGUGGGAACUGGAAAUUUGUGUGCAUGGGAAUAUGGUUGUGUUGUGUGGGGGAAACGGUGUGGGGAUUUGGAAACCUUUUUUGAGGGUAUGUGGCGACUUUUGUGUGGAAAACAGUUUGUUCUGUGUGGUGAUUUGAGAACCCCCUUUUUAUCUGGAAGUGCUGAUUUUGUUUGGUGGAAGGUUAGUCAUUUUGUGGUAAUUUGGUGAUGCGUUGGUGGAAAGGUGUGGGGAAACGUGGUAUUGGGAGAAUUCUGUGGGGACUGGGGAGCGUGUCUGUGGAAAUGUGCUUUUUUGUGGAAGAUGUGAUGGUGUGUGGUGAGAGAGGAUUUGUUUUGGAAGUGUGAUUUUUUUUUUUGCGUGGAAAACUGGUGAUUUGGCAGGUGUAUGUGGAAAUGUGAGUGGAAAUAUCUGGUGAUUUUUUGUGUGUGGAAAAUGGUCUGGUAAUAUUAGGGUGAUUUAGGAACUGUUUUUGUGGAACUUGUGUGUUGUGGGACUUGUGGAAUAGUUUGUGGUGACUGGGUAAGUGUGGAAAUAUGCUUGUGUUGUGUGAGGGAAAUGGUGGGCAGGGGUUGGAAAAAUUUUUGUGGGCAUGUGUGUGCCUGUGUUUGGACAUGUGGUGGUUUCCAUGUUGAAAACUGGUGCUGAUUUGAAAACCUUUUUUCUAGCAGUGUGGUGGUUUUUUUGUGGGUUUUUUUAGGUGGGAGGUUGGUCAUUUUGUGUGGUGAUAUGGAAGUUUUUUUUGUAGAAACGUUUUGGGGAAAUAUAGUGGUAUUGGGAGAGUUCUGUGGUGCUUUGUGAACUUUUUCCUGGAAAUGUUUGGAAAUGCGAUUUUUGUUGUGGCAUUUAGGACCUUGUGGUAUAUAGGACAUUUGGAACUAUAGGGGUUUUGCAUGGAAAUAUGGUAAUUUAAUUUUUAGAAAAAGGUGUGGUAACUUUAGGGUGAUUUGGGAACUGUUUUGUGCAACCUGUGGAAAAUUGUGUGGUGAUGGGGUAAGCAUAUGGAAAUAUGGUUAUGUUGUAUGAGGGAAAAUGCAUGGUGAUUUGGAAACCUUUUUUGUAGUAGUGUGUGUAGAAAAGUGUGAUUUUUUGUGUGUGUGUGUGUGGUCAUUUGAUAAGUCUGAACGGGAAUGUGCCGGGCUGGCCCAUGGGGGUCAUUUCAUCUACUGCGGUGCGGUUAAUGGUGUGUGUCUUCUCACUCUAAUGAAACGGUCUAACGUGGUUCUUUCCUUUUUUUCCAACUGCUCCUUGUGCACCUGUUCAUGGAAGCAGUGUCAGCGAGGAGCUGCAGCGUGAAAGAAAUGGGACUUGGAAAUAUCCAAGGCACCACGGGUAACAGACAAGCCUACAGUUCUGUUAUGGUGAGGACAGUUUUGCAGGUUAAGAGACAACAUUCUAGGAUAGUUGGAGGGGGAGGGAACGGAAAGAAGAGGCAUGGAUGAGACCUGCAUCUUUCAUUCAGCAAAUUUCAGAUCCUGGCUGUUGUGGAGAGACUUUGGGUUGGAGAUGGAUGCAAAGAAGUGGAGGCGUGCCAUGGUGAUGGAGGAUAGAGCAGGAGGAAUAGCGUGAUGGAAGAUGAUCAAAGUCUGGUCCUGAGUGGAGAAGAGCUGAGGAAGAGGUGAAGAGCCCUGGAGCUGGUAUGGCGUGGAAGGAGUUGGAGACGGCCCGAAGCCAUGCUCAUGUGAUCACCUGGAGCGAGGUAUUUGCUUCUUGCGGGUUGCAGCUCUGGACGGACAGAUCCUGCAGCUGCAGGUGCCUGCAUCAUAUCUGGGAAAGGGAUGGCAAGCAUGAGGACUGACGGUGCACAAGGACUGAAAGCGCAGCUUGAUGCCAGGUGUGGGUCCUGGUGUUCCUGGAAGGAAAGGGUGAGGGCACAAGGACCGGAGCAGAGCAGCGGUAACGGAACCAGAGGAUCAGGAUGCUAGAAGAGGAGCCACCUUGCCAAGGCUUCAGGCACUGAAGACGAGGUGAAGAGCCGCAGAGAUGGUGGAGGAGGAAAUGGGCAGCUGUCUCGUGACUUCCCACUUUGUGUGGUGUGAGGCCUCUGCCCCUGUGACGUCGCCUGUGUGGAGCCUGCGGUCAUGCUGUGUGUACGGUGGUUACUUUGAUACAUCAUGUUUUGAGUGCCUGUGACUAUCCAGCUCCGGGAGGCCGCAGACAAGCCUUUGAGAGCUUGGGUAAAGCCUGUAUGUAUCUUGUGGGGGAAGAGGGACGCAGGGAGUUCUGUGCCAUGCUGGUGGAAGAGGAAGGAAAACAAUGCUUAAAGAUGGGUGUGGUUAGAGUGUGUGUGGGGGAGUGGUGAGCAUUGUUUGCCCUGGGGUUUUUGGGGUGGGGGGGGAACCCCUAAUGUCUGAGAGAUAGUGUCUUGAGCUUCUUGUUUCCAGCAGGGUUUUGGCCUCCUGGGUUGCCCCAGAGCUGGGUGGUGUAAGCCUGGGUUGGGUUUAGGCUGCCUGUGAGUCCUUGUUCUUUUGUAAAGGCUGAAAAUAGUCUUUAAGUAUACAGGUGGUUUCAGGGUUUGCCCCUGGCAUGUGGGUGCAGAUCUUGGCCUUGUGUGCUGAGGCAGAGGAGCGGGUGCUUGUGUCCCUGCCUGUGCUGCCACUGGCCUCCUUUCAGUUCUGGGAACUGCACUUUGUUCUGUCUCUCUGGGUUUGUCACUGGUGUUUCUUUCUAGUUUGAUUUUUUUAAAUCACUGCAGCACUUUUUAUUCUUCCUUUGCUUUUCCCAGAUCUGGAAAGAGGGCCAUGUUGGCACCUAAAUUGAUGCCCUGCUUUGGGGAGGGGCUUGACUGCACCCUGCCUGCCUUGUUUGGGGGGGUUGGCAGUGUGCUGCUUCUGGAGCCCUGGGCUGGGGGGGGGGAGGGGGGAAGGGAGGGGUCUUCACUUCACUACAAUGAGAGAUGAGUGCUCUUCCAUGUAGUAAUUGCUUGUUGUUUUGGGGUGAUGCCAAUGUUUGGACCAUGAGCGGAGGUGAGCCGAGGUAGAGAUAAAGCGACCUAGAGCCACAACGUUUUGGGAGGUGGAAGACAGAGGGGACUGCGCUCUGAUAGUGACUUCUGGGUCACCUGGAAGGAAGGCCUCUGCCCUUUUGCUGGAGUUGUGUGAAUGAGCAGAGCGUGCAGUCUUCAAAGUUGCUGCAGCCUUUGUCUGCUCUUCCCAGAAUUGGCAGCAGACCUGUGUUUGCACAUCUAAAUUGCUUCCUUCGCUUGGUAGGGGAAAGGCCUGAGAGGGCUCUGUCUGCACCCUCACAGCUAUGGGGGGUGGUGGUUUAAAAAAAAUAAAAAUAAAAAGGUGCCCGUGGGGUCUUGGCAGGGAGGGGCCACUGUCCCCAGUGCGGUGAGGCCUCUGAGUUGUUGAUAGUGGCAAUUGCCUUUUCUUUGUCUCUGUAUGUGUGUGGAGGAGCCAUCUUCUGAAGGCUUGAGGGCUGUGAAGCAGACACUGUGAAGAUGAAGUGAAGAGUCCCAGAGAUGGUGCACAAGGAAAUGGGCAGCCUUGUCGUGACUUCCUCACUUGCGUGAUGUGAGGCCUCUUCUCCUGUGGCAUGACCUGGCUGGACUCCUGGGGAGGUUUUGUGCGUGUAGCUUCGCAGGCAGUGCAUCUCUGCUCCCACUUCCUGCUGUGAGGACACCUGGAUAAGGAGCAGCAUGAUUGUGGCUGGCUGUGCGGCCUCAAUGUUGUGGGAGAGAGGAAUAGAAGUGAGUUUUCUAUGGUGGUGGUAGAAGAUGGAGGAACUGGAUCCCGAAAGUGUGAGCAGAGAAGAGCUGAGGGGAAGAGGUGAAUAGACCUAGAGCCAGCUCUACGUAGAAGCAGGUGGUCGUGCAGCCAUGCUGACUUCUGGGUCACCUGGAGGGAGGCCUCUGCCCGUUCGGUGGAGCUGUGUGCAUGGGCAGAGCCUGCAGUGGGAGGUCCCUGCGUCCCCUGUGUGGAGAGGACGGCAAGGAGGGAUGAGAGUGCGAUGCGAGGUCCCAUGAGUGCGGUCUCUUGGGGUGAGGCCCUUCUCACAGAUGGAUGGAUGCACCCUGGCCAGGCACAUCUUGGAGAGCUGGUCCUGACCUGUGCAGAGGGAAAUGACUGCCGGUUGAAGGAGUGAAGCUGACCAGCGCCCACGGAGGAUGAAGCAGGAGGAACUCGAUGCUGCACGGUGUGUCGGUGCUGGAUGGGCAGGUCUGGCAUUUGGUCCAAGAAGCCUUACCUCAACCACCGGAUGUUCCCUGUCACAACCUCGAACCAGGGGAUUGGAUCUACGUAAAGGUCUAUCAACGGAAAAACGCACUUCAGCCCAGAUGGAAAGGACCUUUCCAGGUACUUCUAACCACUAAUUCUGCUGUUCGUUGCCAAGGUCACCAAACGUGGACUCAAGCCUCGCACUGCAAGAAGGUAUCACCUCCAUUGGACGCCGAAGCAGCUGUAUUCCAACCAAGGUUGGGAUCUUUCCCUGACGCCAAGGACAAAGACCCUCAGGACCUCACUCAGGCAAGUGAGGAGCAUCAGGGUGCAAGUGCUAGUAACCUCUCCCCUGCACCCAACACCUCAGCCCAGCCGGAUUCAUCAGUUGAAGAACGAAGAUAUGAUCUUCGGCCUCGAAGAAAGUGAAUGCUCCCAUUCGGAAGAUCACCACCUCGAUCAAGACCAAGAGCUGACAUUAUCAGUCCUUUAGGUAACUUGAGCCCAGAGGACGAAGAAAGACUUUGGCUGCCAUCCUGGGUUUGGCUGGUAGUGUUCUUUUUCUUACUGGUGCUGGUUAUGUUUGUUGUUAAGAUUCUUUGUCCCUCCUGUAUCUAAAAAUGGCACUGAUAUCCUUAUAUAUCACACUUGGGUAUCUCAGUAUCACCCAAGGGGGGUGGGAGAAAAAUUUGUAUUUGCAGAUCUCCCAUGCGGUGGCUCAAGCUGGAAAUAAAAGUGACUGCUGGAUAUGCUCUCACAGCCCAGCACACCUACACCAAGGAAUCCCAAUGAUCGGAGUACCAAUAUCCCUCCAGCAAUGGGGAACAAUAAACGGCGGCUUCAUUAGACACUACUCGUUAGCUGCCCAUCGGUCCGCUCCUAAAGAAUGGAGGGCCGCCCCUGCUAACUGGAUAAUCUCCCCAAGAGUAGAGGUGCCUUUCUGUUACAGAUCCAACAACACCGGAGCUUAUAAUAAAGCCACACCUGUAGGACACUACCCUCAUUGCCUAGCUACUCUAGAUUAUAGCCCUAGUAGCACCAGUGGAAUCCUGUUGGGUAACGUACCCUCUCUCAAUUGUACAGGAUUCAUGGUCUACAACUUUUCUAAGGAACCUCAUGUUGCUCUCAUUGCAAACAGAUCAGAAUUUUACAUUCACUCCAAUUUUACUUCUUGUAAUAUAUCUCGGUCCAGCAGAAUAACAGCUGAACGUGGACCGUCCUAUACGAUGCAUAUCAAUCGAAAGUGCCGGAUAGGGCACAACAACUGCCGAGAUUUGAGUACCCUUUCUGCCCCAGGCCUUUACUGGCUCUGCGGAAACAGGGCUCAUAAAAUCUUGCCCUGGAAUUGGGUGGGGGCAUGCACUCUUGGAUGUGUUAUCCCUGGUUUCGAAAUGCAUAGUGCAAUAUAUCUGGAACAAGUAAAAAAUUUCAACCAUCACAUGAAAAGGGCGGUUAACCCCUUAGCUACCAGAAACACAGGGUUCCAUCGAUUUGUGAGAACCUUCAUACCGUGGCUUGGAGUAAGAGAAUUGGAACUAGCCAUAAUUAACAUUUCAGCCACAAUGGAAGCUAUGGGAAAUGCCACUGCGGAUGCAAUUCAGGCUCUGCAAAAAGAGAUCUCCCAGAUCUCACAAGUAACUAUACAACACCGCAUAGCCCUAGAUUACCUAUUGGUAUCCCAGGGAGGAGUAUGUGCCUUAGUAAACUCCACCUGUUGUGUCUAUGUCAAUCAGGACAUGCGAAUCGAAACUGACAUUCGCAAAAUCCGAAAUCAGUUAAGGGUCCUACAUCAAGUGGCCUCAGAAAAUACUGACUGGGGUCUAGAAGAAAUGUGGUCUUGGCUAACCUCCUGGCUCCCAGAUUUCGGGGCCCUUGGCAAGAAAAUCCUGUAUGGAAUAUUGUUUGUCUUGAUAGUUCUGAUAAUGUUCUAUGUCUUAAUGCAACUGAUCCUCUGCUGCGUGAAAGCCAGCAGGGGAAGCUUUAGCAAGGCAAGAAAACCCACAGCAGAGUCUAGAAUAAUGGUGUUACAAAAGUGUGAGCAGAUUGAAAGAAAACAUGAAAGGCUGCAUGAUGAAAUAGAGGGGCUCAUGAGAAUGGAAAUUUAAGGCUAAAGUGAGACUAAAUAGUCUCAAAGGGGGGGGCUGUGGAAUCAGAAAAAAUAUAUGCCUUAAACUUUGAUUAUUUUAGUUAUAAGAUGACAUAACCGCUUUGUGUAGAAUUGCUGGCUCGGUACAGUAGAACAGAUAAGGGCAAGUGUUUGUUCUUUGUAACUCUUCUGCAAAUGCUUCGCUCACCGCGGCCUUGAAGGUAGAAAAAAAAAAAAAAAGUAUGUACAAAGUAGAUUUCCAGGUGCAAGAAGGAGGUUUGUGAACUAACCCUAUCUCCCCCAUAAUUCCCAUCCUGAUAACAGCAAAGAAAUAAUGAAGUAAUAUAGCCGCUUUUCAUGCUAAUUUCACUAUAUGAUCACGUGAGUUGUAAGCGACUGUUAAAAAGUAUAUAAGCCUCCUGAUUUUGCUCUUGGGGGGGGACCCCUUCCAAGUGCUUGGGAAAUCCAUGUCACUUUGGAACUCCCCCUACAGCUGUAGUUUCUUUUGAAUAAAAGCUUCUGCUGACCUGACCCAAAAGUACUCUGUGUGUGUUUCCACGACAGUAGCUUUGUGCCUUUGCUUCCGUUGUUGGACUCCCUGGCUGUUGAAUGUAUUUCUGUUUGCAGGGUCCUGGUCCUUGGAGAGAAGUUUGAGCAGAGAAGGGUGGAAGAUGGAGGCAGAGAGGAUGGUGCAAGGUGUGUUUGUUCUGGAAGGGGGGUGGGGUGGGGUGACAAGUCCCUGGUGUACUGAGCUUCACGCUCCUGGGCCAGCGAUGCUCCGGCAGGAGGUUGUGGCACCAUGGGUGGCCCCUCUCUGUACCGGUGCAAGGCUGUGCUGGUGUACCUGGGAGUCCCGCAAUUGCCUCGGUGUAAAGAAUGGGAAUCGUUCCCCUCCAUUGUGGGCGAUUUCUGGUCCUUUGAGCAGGGUUUGCUUCUGGCAUGGGUGCAGAUCUUGACUCUGUCUAGGCUCUAGCAGGGCAGAGGAUUGGGUGUUUGCCUUGCUGAUGCCAUUACCACAGCUUCCUGCUUCAGUUCUGGGAAUUGUCUGGGGGUAUCACGGAUGGCUUGGAGUCAACAUCACUGCACUAUUUCUGUCUCUGUCUCUUUUGUCCUUUUCUUUGCUCUUCCCAGAAGUGAAGGGGGAGGCCUGUGUGCGCACAUGUAAAUGGCCUCCCUUAGUUGGGAGGGGAGAGCUGUGAGACAGAUCUUGCUGUAUCCUGUCAGCUUUGUGGGAGCUAAGUAGGGUGGUUUUGGGUGGAAGGGGCCCCUGCCGCCAGUGCUGUGAGGCCUGUGAGUUGUGCUGUUUUGUGGUAAUUGCUGCUUUAUCUGCAGCGGGGGGUCUUUUUACCAAGACUUUUGGGGCAGGGAGGAGAAGUGGAGAUUGGGCAGAAGAAGAGAAGACAUCUUGAAGUCAUGAACCAUGGAGCUGCCUGUCAUUGGUGCUUGUGCUGUAGCUCUGUCGUGAGCAGCGGGGCAGGGGCAGUGACAUGCUGAGGGCUGGAGAAGGAGCACCACAAAGAUGGCUGUGGUGAGCAGUAGAUGUUGGUGAUGAGGAGGUGUUCUCUGUGGUGGCCGUGUCCUGCAAACGGUCUGGUUGCUGUGAAGUAGAUGUUUCCUCGGGUUGGAUGUUGAACACCCUGCCCAGGCAGGCCCAAGGGAAGCCUUUGUGAGCUCUGAGUCUGUGGGUGAGGUGGGUUGGCUGCAUCUGCCUGGGGCUUGGGGAGGACCUUCCGCCUACGUUUUGCUUUGCACCUAUUUGUCAUCCGUGUUUUGGGCUGACAAGGCACGUGUGGUUUUUCCCCUGUCCCAGAGGCCUUGGUCAGGCGUGAAGUAUGUGAGCCAGGAGAGUCGUAUAGCACACAGGCAGGAUGGAGGGCAACAAGUCGAGCGGGGGGCUUUUUUGGCCAGGGCUGCUGUGAAAUCUGGUGUAGGGCUGGGCCGGCCGGUCCGAGUCUGUCGGACUCCACGUAUAGGAGAAAUGACGGAUGUCUAAGGAGCUUGUGGGGCGUUUGAUCCGGGCUCAUCCCUGGCAUUUGGGGUGCAGGCCUGGCCCCUCUCUGGGGUGUGUUGAGGGUGAGCUCUGGGUUUGCAUUCGUGCCCCUGACUUGCUGUUGCUACAGGCCUCCCUUCAGUCUUGGGAACAGUGCUAUGUCCUGUGUGCCUGGGGGUUUUCACUGGUGUCUCUCUACCUCUUUGCAAAAUGUCUGCAGCACUUGUUCUUUUUCUGCUUUUGUCAGGACUGGAGGGAAGGCUGUGGUGGGUUUUUUUCCUGCCACCUAAAAUGGUUUCCACCUCGGGGAGGGGUCUGACUUCACCCUGUGUGCCCUGUUUAGCCUGAGUGGGGGUAUCGCCGUUGGAUUCUCGGGGGUUGCUUUUGCCCUCAGGGCUGUGAGUCCCGUGUGCCGCGUGACUUUUCCUAAUUUAUUUUUGUUUUGGUGACAUGUACGGGAGUCAUCUGGCUGAGGCUCGAGGCUCCUAAGUGGGCAUCGGGAAGAAGAGGUGGAGACAUAGCGCCUGUGACCUGAAGAAGCUGGUGAAAGAAACGGAUGUCGGCGCAUUCGCUUUGCGGUUGCCCGGCGUGAGACUUCUGCCCGUGCGGUGGCCCUGGGCUGGAAGCCUUGCUGCGUGGAGCCUGCGAUAGAUGUUGGAUUGCUGCUCCCUGUGUGGUGAGGAGGAUGGGCUGCAAUGACCGGAGGCCUGGAAAAGGAGCCGUGUGGCCAGGGUCCUGGCCUGCAUGGAGGCAAGUAGGUGAGAGGACUGCAUCGUGGAAGAGCUGUGGGCCGGUGUUGGAUGACAGACACGGACCGGCAGGAUGUUGCCCACUAUGUGGAAUGUCCCUUCUGUAUUGGGAUUGUGCGUGGGGGUGUGGGGUGGGAUUGGGAGUGUCCUCAGCUUUAUGAUCCUGGAGCCAGGGGUUUUGGAAGUAGUAUGUUUGGGUCAGUUUGUGUGUGCUGUGGUGGACCUAGGGUGACCAGAGGUGAAAUCCAUUCCUGUGACCCUGCAGUUGGAGCAGCACCCAGACACUCGCAGGAACCGCUGGCCAAGCAGGCCCAGAGCUUCCAACUGUUGAGCACAGCAAGGUUUGAGCCAGCUAGCAUGGAAGCAGGAGGGCCGGCCGGGCGCGGGGCCCGGGCUGCCUCUGUGGCUUCUGUGCUAGUGAGGUUGAGAAUUGCAGUGCUGGGGGGUUGGAGGUUUUGGACGUGCUUGUGCAGGGUUCUUGUUGGUGUUGGGGUGCUGGUUCUGCUGGGUCAGAGCAAUGGGUUUUAUUCUGCCUGGCUGCCAUGUUUACAGUGUCCUGCAGGGCUGGGAGCCUGUCGUAGCAGUGUGUGUUUGGCUGGGGCGGGGUGGUUGUCUGGUUUGGUCCCUGAGCAGUGGUGUGGUGAGCAUGUUUGUUAUUACCCUGAAAUGAAAUAGUUUUCUGAUAGCAUACUGUUAGGUUAACAAUAAUUUAGAUUAUUAAGAAGUAUUAGCUUUGCAGCUGAAUACAAGGCAUGACCUGUGGCCCAGCAAUGGCGCUGACCGCAAGGCAGAAUGAUAGCUAAGUCUUUGCUUAUGUUAAGUAAUCAUUUUAACUGUGUUGACCAUUUUCUGAGUAAAAUGCAGCAAGUGAAUCUGUGUCUGUGUGCUGUAAACCAGAUACAGCAAGGAACAAGAUAAGAGGAAGAAGCCAUUGUUCUAAGUAUAGUGAUCGUGUCCUUAAGAAGUAUCUAGUACUGUGCAAGUUUUUGCUAACAUAUCAUAAUGUUACUGUUACUUAGGUUAGAAACUAUUGUUGGAAAAUCCAUGUGACCUUUGUAUGACCUUUGGUCAAUGCUGGCUGAUGCAACCUUGCAGUAAGAUUGCCAUGAUCUGUCAAUAUAGGCGGGCAAACAAGGUGAUUGGGCCCAACCGUGUGGGGCGAGUAAAGCCAAGCCAUCUUGGUGAUUUCCUCUGAAUUUUGCGCAUGCGUUAUGAAGGAGCUUAUGGAACCAGAGUUUAUAAAUCUAUGUGUUGAGUUGCAGUCGGGGGUCUCUCUGCCCUUACGAGGACGGGGGACCUUUGGCUGAAUAAACUGAGAAGACCACACCCUCGUCUCCUCCUUAUUGGAGUCUCAGCUGGGAAACGAGCCCUGUUCGGGUUAAGAGAGUCUGCAGGUGUUCCCUUACCAGACUGGGAGCCUGGUCAGACAAUUUCUCUCACAAUUUGGGGAGCCAGCCAGGAGCACCCAGCUCGUCGCGCUGCCGCUGCCGCCUAAACCCAACCUCCGGCCGGCCGUAACAGAGGUGAGUUCACCACGGGAGUCUUGGGUUGAGGCUGCAGACACGGCGGGACGAUAAGGUGACUCCUUCAAUUUUACUGGCAUGGUGUGGUCUUUUAUAUGUUGUGUAUGUCUUGUCUAAUGUGUUAUAGGCCAGUCUGUUCUCCGGUUCCUCAAACCUGGGCACACAGGCAAUUUUAGUUAGUUGCCCGUUUGACUCCUUUGAGCCGAUAAAUCUGUGUGGCGUGUUUUAUGUCUCCAUUCGCGCACUGAGGAACCGUCUCUGUUUCUGACCUUUUAACUGGAUAAGUCCUCCAACCUGUUUGGGGCAUCCUAGAGCCUGCCUUUCCAGAUUGGUUAGGUCUAGGGCAGCCAAGAAAGCAGGGUUUUUGGGGAGCUUUAUAGUAUAUCGGGUCAUCCGGGAAAGGGACAUCUGCCAAGAGUGACGAUGGGACAGAAACAGUCAAUUCCCGCUAGUAGUCCUCUUGGAGAAUUGUUAAGCAACUGGAAUAAGUUAUCUGGACAUGGCCAAUUGAGUAAGAAGCGUGCUAUAGUCUUAUGCACUAGUGUCUGGCCUGGCUACACUUAUGAAAACCCUGAACUUUAGUGGCCAGUGUUGGGAUCCCUCGGUGUAGAUAAAUUAAGGUACCUCAGGGGGUUCCUAGAGGAACCCGAUCCCCGACAAAUGGAUUAUUGGUAUCUCUGGUGUGAUUUUGAUGGAUUUAAUUCUGCAGAGAAAAAAAACAACCUGAUUACUUCUGGCAGCUCAACAAUGUCUGCGGUGUCUCCUCCCUCUUAUUCUCCCACUAUGCCACCACCGGUGACUAGGGGACCGGCCGUAAUAAACCUGGCCGCUUCGGCCGUGGCCCUUCCGGCACCUUUUACCCGUCCAUCAGGCUCCUCUCCUCCCGUAACAGGAGUGUCAGGGUCUGUACCUGCAUCCUCGGAGCCUACUUUCAGUCCCAUAGCAGGACAUACUAGGUAGCCUUUGAAUCAGGUCAUACACCUGCUCUUGUACACGUGUAAUCACAUGUGCACACUCCCCAUCACAGAUGCAGUCACGCCUGCUCAGAGUCCCUUACAGACAUGCGCCGGCACAGAACCCCAAAACACACUGCAAUAUACACGUGCCCCAACAGGUGUCUGUGACACUUGCACACAAAUGUGCAGCCUCGCACACACGCAUGUUCAGUCUCGCACACGCACCCAGAGCCCAGGUGCCUGUGACACAUGCGCAUGCUCACACACACACAGAACCCAGGUGUCUGACACAUGCAUGUGUGCUCCUGCGCACACAGUCUAGCACACAUGUACAGAAUCCAAGUGUCUGUGGCACACAGGCAAGUACCCUGACAUUCACAUUCAGACACACACACAACCCCACAUGGGUAGAUAUGAAUCAACCUGCCCCCCAAUGAUGUGUGCAAUUAUCGUAAACAAUUGGGGCAUUGGAGACGAGAACGCCCAAACCGCCCUAAGGGACUUGCCCCUUAUGGAGGAAGAAAGGGGGGAAGCCAGGGAAACAACCGGGCUGCGAGCACCGAUCCUACAGAUCCCUGGGUCCAGGGUUUGCAACAAGAUAUAGAUGACUCCCCAGUGAAAUAAGGGGGCGGCUGUUCCACAUGAUGUAUCUAGGGGAAUCUUCCUCUUUUGAGUAUACCUGCGCCCCUUCAUCCCCUUAUGUACCACUUCAAAUAGCAGGAAAAUUUAUAAAUGUCUUAUAGAUAGAGGAGCAGAUCUGUCCUCACUGGGAGAAUCUCCAGAAAGGGCGGGAAUUGCAGUCUCAGGAUCUGAAAAGAUUAUGAGAGUAAUUGGAAAAUCUAUGCAAGUGCCUCGUGGUGCUGAAACACAAGUGCAGAUAGGACCCUUGACCACUAUUCAUGCUUUCCUAUUAGCUGAAGGAACUCCAGUGCACCUCCUUGGAAGAAAUCUACUCUAUAAACUACAGACCAGAAACCCUUCACCCUAUUUACUCAUGAGAAUAAAGGCAUUGCUUCAGGUGUCUUAACUCAGCCAUGGGGAGUUUCUGAUUGUCCCAUAGCAUACUAUUCUGCUCAGUUAGAUCCUGUAGCAAGGGCAGCAGUCCUUGUCUUAGAGGAGUUGCUGCUGCCACCGUGCUAGUUCAAAAGGCUCAAGAUUUAGUGUUAGGACACUCUUGUGGUUCAAGUAUCUCAUUCAGUGCAAGCUCUCCUACUACAGCAGAACCUCUGCCAGCAGGGACCAACGCCCAGGCUGCUGAGCUAGCGGCACUCCGAUGAGCAUGCAAAUUGGCCACAGCCUCCAGGGUCACUAUCUAUACUGACUCUAAAUAUGCUUUUGGUAUCUGUCACGCGCUAGGAGAGUUCUGGCGACAAAGAGGUUUUAUCACGUCCUCUGAUCCUGUAAUCAGCAAUGCCACCGAAGUCCAAGAACUGCUAGAGGCUGUCGUGUUACCAGGUGAUAUAGCGGUAAUGCAUUGUCCCAGACAUUCCAGAGAAGAUACUGACAUUGCUAAAGGAAAGCAUCUUGCAGAUGCUGCAGCUAGAGCCGCUGCACUACAAACCAACGAAAGUCUCCUUGCAUCUCAAGUAGUUCUUCCACCCUUGUCUGUGAUUUAUGACAAAGUCCCAGGGGAUGAAGUAUCUAUAUGGGUCCAAAAGUGGGAAGCUGCGCAAGGAAACGAUGCAGUGUGACGUGUGCCAGACGGUAGACCAAUUGCUCCUCGCACCUUGCUCCGAACUCUGGCUCAGGAUGCCCACAGAUGCAGCCAUUUGGGGAAAAGGAGAAAUAGCAGAACAGGUCCUCUCCACCUGGUUUGCUCCAGGUAUACAUCUAGAAGCUGCCCGAAUAACUUUGCAAUGUUCAGAGUGCAGAGCCUUCAACAAAUAGAUAGGACACAUAAAAUUGCAAGGGGCCUGACCAUGGGCCUAUUUACCCUUUGAAAAAUGACAUGGAUGUGCUCAAAGCUUGAAAUUUCAAGCACUGCCUAGUAGUGGUAGAUCAACUAACAGGAUGGCCAGAAGCUUUCCCCACUCGAGAAGCAGAUUCAGUAGCAGUAGCUAAACACUUAAUAAAAGACAUCAUCCCACAUUUCGGCAUUCCAGGAGGAAUAAACUCUGACCGAGGAACUCACUUUACAGAAACUGUUUUAAAAGAAGUUUACAGAGUUUUUGGAAUAAUAACGUACUUCCGCACACCCUAUCACCCUCAGUCCUCGGGUCAGGUAGAGAGUAUGAAUCGGUAUAAAAUCCCUUUUAGGAGAGGUCUGCUCCUAAACCAAAUUGAAAUGGUCAGAUGCUUUACCAAUGGUGCUGUUCGCUAUAAGAACAAAACCCAAAUGGCCUCUCAACCUUGUCCCCCUAUGAGUUGUUGUUUGGUCACACUCCUGUUAUAUAGGAGAUGGGAAAAUCUGCAUGUUAGCUUACUUGGCGGAGAUGAAGCUUUAAUUAGUUAUGUUUUAUCCUUACAGGAGUCUCUCUAGUGUUUACACAGGUCAGCUGCUUUGGUUCAGCCGGUACCCCUGGACUGUAACCUUCACCCCUAUCAAUCAAGACGCUGAGUUUGGGUAAAACAACAUCGUCGAAAAACCGCCUAUACACGCUGCUGUGAAAAUCGCCGAGAAAGAGGGCUGGAUUCAUCGCGGUCACCUCAAACAUGGUAUCGGCAAGUAAUGACCGGUCAGCUGCUGUUCCGCCUUUGUGGCUAGAAAGAAUCGGAGAAUCGUGGACCGUUCAGACUCCUUAAUAGAAAUGAUACGUGUAUUAAGCUUGCUUUGUAUUAUCUUUCUUGUAAUACUUUGUGUUUGUAUUUCACUGUAGACGCAGGGAAGGUUAUAAGUUAAUAAUGGCAUUUCACUGGGCUAUCCUAACAGGAUUAUUGCUGUCGAUGGAUAAAACACCACAGCUGUUUAUGGGAAAGUGAUACAGAACAGGAAGACCAGUGGAAAGAUAAUACUUACCUGACUUCCACUAUAGCUAUAGCACAGGCCCUAAAAUAUGUGUAAUGGUUGGAUAUGUGGUACACAGCCUCCUUCUACUAACUUUCCACGCUAUCCUUUAAUCCCUUGGGAAGGGAUUUUUUCUAAUACAGAGUGGGUUGAUACGGAUAGAGCUGGCAUAAGUACCUGGCAGGACAAUCCUUAUUUUAAAGAGAAAGUACUUUCAGACAUCAUGUUAUCUGCCCAGGUGUUGGGAAAAUCCUCGUGGAACAGGAAAAGAGAUUUUUAGGAUGGCAACCAGGUUGUAAACUAAGCAUUAAUGCCACACACUUAAUCUGGCCUAACAAUACUGCAGUGGGGGCUAAAGAAGCUGAAAAGAAAGGUUACAUCCCCUGGGAUGUGUCUGCUCCCUGCAGUUCCUUGCAGCGUCCUUAUGUAUGGCAAUGUAUGGAAGGUUCUAUCCGAUGCUCCGCCCCUAAUAAAACUUGGGCUUGGAGUCACGGCUGUAUCAUGUCUUGCAUAUACAGCUCCUUUGCAAAGCCAAGUUGUUUGUAUGUUAACUAUACCAUUUACAGAGACGGUUCAGUACCUUGUCCCAGAGAUCCUCAUACUACCGCAUCAAUCAACUAGCACGUGUAUUAGAACUUAUUGCCAAUAGCACAGCAGAGGGCAUUGAAUUAUUGCAAGACCAGGCUUCUUGCAACCAUGCUAUGACUUUAGAAAAUCAGUUAGCUUUAGACUAUUUGUUAGCUAGAGAAGGAGGGGUAUGUGCUUUAAUCACAGGAGGACCCUGCUGCACCUAUAUUCCUGACCACUCUGACAACAUAACUGCUGCAGUAGAAACAAUUCGAGACACAGCACGACAGGUAAACUCUUUGCGAAGUUGGUCAGUAAUAGAAUGGAUUGCCUCAACUUUAGGAAUGUGGAGAAGGUAUAUCUUAGAAUACAUUUUAUGGGGAUUAGGAAUCUUCUUGGUUUUUAUCCUAAUAAUUGCUGUAAUUAGAGCCUGUGUAGUUUGAGUUAAGCAAAAAGUAAUUAAUCUCAAUAUUAUGCAAACCUGGGAAAUGGCCAGCAGGCCAUAGGCCUGUGGCUGUAAGGGGGGAAAUAAACGGCAGUAAAUCUUUA